AUGGCCAGCUACAAUGGGCGUCGCGCGCCCAACUUCUCGCAGUACAUCGAUGACCUGAACGCGAUUCCCUCGCCUUAUGACCAGGCCCUGCAGCAGCAACAGCGCCAGCAGAACUCGUUCACUCUCGACGAGGAGCUUGCUCUGUUCACCAACACUGAGUUCUUUGAUUUCGACAAGUUCACCGACUUUGGUCUUCCCAACGGCCUGCCCAACUUCGACUCGGUCGACGAUGCCAAGCCCCAGGAUGUGGUCCCCGACCAAGCGGCGCGAAAUGCGGAUAUGAAGUUCUUGGAUUUCUUGAAUGAAGGUCUGGGUAUGCCCGAGUACCAACCCGGGCUCAAUGGCCAGAAUGUGCAACCCAUGCACAAUGCGCCUUUCACGGGGGUUCCUUCGGUCCCUAACGCGCCUGCCAACCAAGCCCCCAUUCAGCCUGCGCCAAUCAGCCCUCCCAAGAAGGUCGUUCCGGCUCCACCAUCGAGUGUGAUGUCUCCUCCUACUCCGGCUACGCCUAAGCGUAAGAACUCGCAGAAGUCAACCCAAGAGAGUGCCGAGGAGGCAUCUCGCAACAUGGCCGAGGAGGACAAGCGCCGCCGCAACACCGCUGCUAGUGCCCGUUUCCGUGUGAAGAAGAAGCAGCGUGAGGCCGCUCUUGAGCAGACCGUCAAGGAAACUACCGACAAGAACGACAUCCUUGCAUCCCGUGUAUCCCAGCUCGAGCUGGAGAACCACUGGCUCCGUGGUCUGAUCAUGGAGAAGAACGGCACGGAUGAGCAGACUGAGCAGGAUAUCUCCGACAUGUUCAAGAAGUUCCUUGCGUCACAGAAGCCUGAUGCUUCAAGUACUUCCGACCUGAAGCACGGAGUGGGAACCUUUGCUUAA